ACGCUGGACUCCAGCUCACCGGUCUACAGGGGCCUGUUGGACUAUGUUUGUGUGAUCACCAUUCCUGGCCUAAUCGGGACGCAGAUCUUUUGACCCUUUGACACCAGUGUUUUGUGUGUGUGUGUUUGUCUGCGCUCACGUGCGCGUUGCGAUGUGGGCCGGCAUCGGGGUGCUGUGCUGUGUUAUGGACUGUUUGGUUUCCACGGUGAAGUCGUGAUGAGGAGCGGGGCCGGGGCUCCCCAUGUCACGUGCCGUUAGGCAGCAGCCUGUCUACUCGUGGAAGGGGGUGCUCAAGCUGUUCACGUGCAUCGCCACCCGCACCGCCAGCAGCAAGCCUAAAGAGGUCAACCCAUUUCAAGAGAAGACGCGAGCCUUACUUGGGAAUCAUAUGGACGACGAAAUGAGUCGCCAGCCUGCCCCAGCGCUGCCCACAGGAACCUCCAAGAGCACCCCUUCCCAACGCGUCCCCACCCUGUCGGGCACCACCGCCUCCAACAGCGACCUGGCCAGCCUGUUCGAGUGCCCCGUGUGCUUCGACUAUGUGCUGCCUCCCAUCCUGCAGUGCCAGAGCGGCCACCUAGUGUGCAGCAACUGCCGGCCAAAGCUGACGUGCUGCCCCACGUGCCGCGGGCCGCUGGGCUCCAUCCGCAACCUGGCCAUGGAGAAGGUGGCCAACUCGGUGCUGUUCCCCUGCAAAUACGCCUCGUCGGGCUGCGAGGUGACGCUGCCUCACACGGACAAGGCGGAACACGAGGAGCUGUGCGAGUUCCGGCCGUACUCGUGCCCCUGCCCGGGCGCGUCGUGCAAGUGGCAGGGCUCGCUGGACGCCGUCAUGCCGCACCUGCUGCACCAACACAAGUCCAUCACCACGCUGCAGGGCGAGGACAUCGUCUUCCUGGCCACGGACAUCAACCUGCCGGGCGCCGUGGACUGGGUGAUGAUGCAGUCGUGCUUCGGCUUCCACUUCAUGCUAGUGCUGGAGAAGCAGGAGAAGUACGACGGGCACCAGCAGUUCUUCGCCAUCGUGCAGCUGAUCGGCACGCGCAAGCAGGCGGAGAACUUUGCCUACCGGUUGGAGCUGAACGGCCACCGGCGUCGGCUCACUUGGGAGGCCACGCCACGCUCGAUCCACGAGGGCAUCGCCACAGCCAUCAUGAACAGCGACUGCCUGGUGUUCGACACCUCCAUCGCACAGCUGUUUGCCGAGAACGGCAACCUGGGCAUCAACGUCACCAUAUCCAUGUGCUGAGGACACCUUUUUCGUAGAUGCACACUAACAGACAAAUGCACACAUACAAACACACAUGAGCACACACACACACACACACACACACGUACCCACACAUUCAAAUGCACUUGACAAACACACAGACCCACACAAAUGGACACAUUUCAAACUAGGACCGCUUGGGUUUUACUGAAAGUGCGGGGGGUGAAAAUGAGGAUUGGGAGGGUUUGUUUGGCCAACUUGGAAGUUGGAGCUUUAUUUUUGUUUGUUUGUUUUUUUUUUUCCUUCCCUACGUCUUUCCGUUGCUGUUGUGCUAGUAGUCGUUGACGCAGCGCUGCCUUGCCAGGCUGGGCUGAGUUGGGCUGGGCCAGGUUGGAGCUGGAAGCAAGCGGACCAUGCAGCCCGCUCCUGGGGGAGCUGGAUUCACUGACCCCCGCCCCCAUCUGGCCAGGCGGUCCACAGGCCUGCUGCACGGGAGGUUGGGUUCAACCGUGGGAUGCUCUCGGAGGGGACAGCUCAGAGCAGGUCUCCACAGAUUUACUUUAAUGUUCUUUUUGUUUUUUUUUGGGUCAUUUUGUUUUAUUUUGUUCCCUCCCACCCAAAAAUGUUCUGUAAAAUGUAAAUACCUAAAAUAUAAAACAUUUCAGUUUAAAAAAUUUACAUUCAGAAAGUACAAUUUUCGUUUUUAUUACUGACAAUUUGUUUUUCUUUAAGGUCCUCUGCAGUACUCAUAUUAACUAUAUUAAUUAUGAGAUUGUAAUAAUUAUUGUAAUUAUUUUUUGUUAUGUUUAAGAGAAGAAUGAAAAGGGUUCUUUUUAUUUUUAUUUUUUAAAUGUUAUGUUGUCUUUCUGUGUGUGAUGGGUGGGCAAGACGGAACUGAAUAGCUCUGUGGAUUAAUUGUGCUGUUGCUGGUCCUUAUCUUGGUUUAUUGUUUUUGUUUUGGCCAUUAAAUAAAUCUAUCUUUUUCAUA